UUGCCCUCUCCUCACAAUCAGCCUCGAUUUUUUGAUAUAAAAAGGCGCUCUUGAAUAAUUCGAUCAGUCCGAAAAACAGCGGACCGUCACUAUAUUGUUAAAAGAGUCUGGAGGCAUGACUCCAUUCUUCGUUGCCAUUUUCUUUCUCGGCCUUUCAUCCGUGGCCACCGCCAUCAACUUCACUCAGGUCUACGAAUGGCCCGACGAAUGGGACUACGAGUGGCCCUCCGAGGCGAACAGGACGCAGGCACGCAGAGACGGUUCUUUCAAACCAGAGUAUCUUGAGGCUCGAUACAUGGCGGUCUACGGAUCGAGGAUUUUCCUCAACCUUUAUAAGGAUGACGGAAUUCCGGCGACUUUGGUGUCUUUUCCGACGAGCAGCGCGUCCUCCGCACCACCGAAGCUCUCUCCAUUCCCAUCGUGGGAAAUUCAUCUUUAUGGAAAGGAAAACUGCAACAAGAUCCACCAGGCGGAAGGGCUGCAAGUGGACUCGGUUGGAAGGCUGUGGGUGCUCGAUGAUGGCAGCUCCAAUUUCAAUUGCCGUGCCAAACUCUGGAUUUUCAACCUAGACAACAACGGAACCGAACUGAUUCAUCGAUUUUCCUUCACUGGCAAGAUGCACGACUUGGUGAUCGACGAAACGCCCAAUGAAACCUUCGCCUACAUCACGCGUUGGGACAAAAAGCACAUUGUUGUGUUUAGUUUGGAGAAGAAUGAAUCCUGGAUUGUGAACACGCCAGCAAUGUUGUCCAGCUCGAUCGCCCUUUCUCCUAAGGUGGAACCGAGACAGCUCUACCUCAGCAAAUACCACUCCAAAGAACUUUAUUCGAUUUCCGUCGCCGCACUCCGCAAUGGAACUCGAACCGAAAAUCCGGAAUUCAUCGGAAACUGGACCGAAAUUAGCGCGUAUAAAAUGCUGAUGGACAACCGCGGGACCAUGUAUGCCGCAUUUUUGUGGAAAAACCAUGUUCAAUCUUGGAACACCUCCCAGCCAUUGCAGGAAAACCGUAUUUAUCAGGUCACCGGAUUAGAGUUUAUUUGGCCCUUUAAUUUUGCUCUGGACCAAGACGGUACCCUUUGGAUGACGGUAUUUGAUAAAAAUAGAAAGCCAAAAUACAGGCUUUUGAAGGCUGCGGUCGGCGCACAAUCGUAUAUCUUCGAGGCAUCACCAGAUUGCUCCGGUUCGUGUCACAAGAAUGGUACUGCCUAAGGUUGCAAGGUUGGAUGGAAGGGUAAAAACUGCGACCCACCCUGGGAGUGCACCUGCCGCCUGACUGACUUCCACGCAAAGCGAUUGUAGACUCGGGUAGAGAUUUUCGUUGGAUAUUAAAUUUUUUGGGAAUUUA